CCGGAUCUACGGCGAAGUAGAUCCAAAUCAAGCUGACAAUGAUCGCUUCGAGACAAGUCGGAGAAUCAUCACCUCGUUUCUGGCAUCGUUGCAGACACCAGCAGUAAAGAGUGCACCAGCAGCAUCAACUCGUCCACCAUUGCCACCCCCUUAACUGUCAAUCGUUCCAUUUGAGGGAGGAUUCAAGGAAUGGUCGGAAUUCCAAGACGUGUUUAAACGAAUGGUGCACAAUCAAGCCUAUUCGAAGGUAGAGAAACUACAGUAUCUCAAGGCAAGUCUUCGCGGUGAAGCGCUGAAGCUAAUAAAUCAAAUUGCUGUGACCGAUAGCAAUUAUGAAACCGCGUGGAAAAUUCUUGAAGAUCGGUACGAUAACCGACGGUUACUACUCGGUCAGAUUUUAGAUAGGUUGCUAGAUCAGCCAUCUUGCACGCAAGAAUCAGUGAAAAUGCUGAAAGAAUUGCAUGACACGACUAAAGAGUGCUUGGAAGUGCUCAAAAAUAUGCAUAUAAAUAUUGAUUCCUGGGGUCCGAUAAUUGGACGAAUCAUCACAAGAAAAUGGGAUCAAGAAACUAAUAAAACUUUCGAACAAUCGCUGCUAAAUCCGUACGAAAUCCAAGAUUUAGAGGAUGUACUAUCGUUUUUAAAAAAACGAUUCCAAUCAUUGGAGUUGUGUAUGCCGCAAACACUCUCCACAGAGUCGUCAACAAGAUACUCAGCAGCAUCAUCAGCGUGUCAGUUUUGUUCGGGGAAGCACUCCCUCAUCACCUGUUUUAAAUUCAAGGAGACAAGCGCGCAGAGCAGACUCCAGUUCGUAAACAGCAAGCAGCUGUGCAGAAAUUGUCUUAAGAGACAUCAAGGAAUAUGCCAAGUGGAAUCUCGAUGCAACAAGUGUGGUAAGCAACACCAUACAUUAAUUCACACCGAUAGUUUCGUAAGGAGACCGACCAAGAAAAGCCACACCGCCUCAACACAUGUUGAAACUAAUGCGCUGCUGGCUACCGCAGUAGUGAAUAUCCCUACAAUCCAUGGUCACAUGUUUACCGCGAGAGUCCUGAUUGAUCCAGGUUCAGAACUCUCACUGAUUACCGAAAAUGCAGUACAGCAAAUCGGGAUUCGAAAACAAUCAGCCAGAGCAGAGGUGUUCGGAAUAGCCGACGGGGAGCCCAAGAUUUCCAAAUCUAAGGUAGAUGUGCAAAUGUAUCCUCGCUUCAGCAAUUCAAAGGCGUUCAAUAGCGAAUUGUUCGUCAUGUCCAAGGUCACCGACACCCUGCCAUCGGAGCCAUUAGACUUCAACACGUUUAAACUGUGGGAAAAUCGCCCAUUAGCCGAUCCAUACUUCUACCGUCCCGGCAAGAUCGACAUUCUAUUGGGCGUUGGAGAGGUCGCUCAACUUUUAUUGGAUGGCCUAGAAAAACAUAGUGGAUAUAUGGCACAAAAUUCAGAGCUGGGAUGGCUCAUCUCCGGUGGUUGGCAUAAAUCCCCACAAAUCUCAGCACAAGUAUGCACUAUCAGCGGCCCCCAACCAGACCUAACACGUUUCUGGGAAUUCGAAGAAGUAGAAUGCAGUAUUCAACCCACGGCAGAAGCAGAGAACUGCGAAGUAUGGUACAAAGAAAGUACAACUAGAAGCAAGGACGGAAGAUAUACCGUGUGCUUGCCGUUCAAAGCAAACCUGGGAGAAUCACGAUCACGUGCACUAGUGAGAUUGCGGUGCAAUGCAAAAUUAAGAGAUGAUUACCACACGUUCAUGCGAGAGUAUCUAGAGCUGCACCGUAUGAGAAAGGUAAAUAAGAGAGACUCUCAAUUAAACGGGUAUUAUAUACCUCAUCACGCGGUGAUACAAGAAGAAAGUAGCACCACCAAAUUACGAGUGGUCUUCGAUGCAUCAUGCCAAACAUCGUCGAAGCGUAGCUUGAAUGAAUGCAUGUAUGUGGGUCCGCAGCUCCAGAAUGACAUUGCGGAUCUAUUGCUUCGAUGGAGAAAACAUGCAAUUGUCUGUACAGCAGACUAUCCAAUGGUCAUAGAUAUCAUCAAAAAGGACUUCUACGUCGACGACGUGCUCUCAGGAGCAGAAGACUUAAAGACGCCCAAGAAACUCCAAUUGGAUUUUCUCGAAGUGAUGAAAAAGGAUGGAUUCACUCUUCGAAAAUGGUCUAGUAAAAAUUCGGGAUUAAUUGAAGAUCUACCCAAAGAACUGAAUGACCAAUCCACGUACGACGUGGGCUCAAGUGAAACGAAGAAAACGUUAGGGACCAUCUGGGAUCCACAAAAGGAUACAAUUAUGGUCCGUAUAAAUAGGAAUUUUUCCACCAAGAUAACAAAGCGGGGCAUCCUCUCAGACAUUUCUAAAAUCUUCGAUCCUCUCGGAUGGCUGUCAUCCGUUAUCAUUGUAAUCAAACUACAAAUUCAAAAACUUUGGAGUGACAAGAUUCACUGGGAUGAAAACCUAAAUGAAGAAAAUACAGAUAAAUGGCAACUCUUCUGUCGUCUACUCCAGGACAUCGAAAGUAUUCAAAUACAACGUUGGGUGUCUACAACUACGAACAUGGAACUACAUGGAUUCUGUGACGCAUCAGAAAAGGCAUAUGGAGCUGUCGUCUAUUGCAGAUCACCGAAUGGCGGUAAGACGUAUACCAAUGUACUCCAAGCCAAAUCAAAGGUUGCGCCGGUGAAAACCCAAGUCUCGUUACCUCGACUAGAGUUGUGCGCAGCAAAGAUAAUAGCAGCGGUACUAAGGAAGUUAAAGACCUCGCUAGACAUCUCGAACGAAAACAUCUACGCAUGGUCGGACUCGAUGAUCACCUUGGCAUGGAGUACCGGACCAGCGGAGAAAAGAGAGAUCUGUGUGGCAAACAGGGUAGUUGACGUAAAUCAAAAUAUUCCGACUCAUGCAUGGAGGCAUGAAAGGACGCACGAAAAUCCUGCUGAUCUAAUAACACGAGGGGUGGCACCAAACAAAUUGAAGGAGAGCAAGCUAUGGUGGCAAGGACCAACAUGGCUGACGCAGGAGAAGGAAACGUGGCCAACGCAACCGAUGAUACGAAAGGUCAUUCCUACGCCUUCAACGAUAAAUAUACUUAUGGUAAAACCAAACUCCUCAAUCAUCAAUCGUUUCUCGACACUACACAAAAUGUUACGAGUUCUAACGUACUGUCGACGAUUUCGUACCAGAGACAAGGAUGAAAUAAAGUACGCAGAAAUGGAAUCAACCAUGCAGACAGUCAUCAGAUUGGUGCAGCAAGAAGGAUUUGUUGGUGAAAUAAAGGCGUUAACAACUGAGGUGGAGUCUGCAAUUCAAGAAACAAAUGCACUGUUGGGAAAGGACAGCGCAGUGGAAACCAAAGCAGAAUAUUUAAUGAUGAAAAUAACUGCAACUCCGCUUCAUAUAACAAAUACGUCAUAUACUGUAUAUGAUGUACCCAAUGCCCUGACGGCGGUGAACUAUGAACUUCAGCAGUACUAUGAACUGAGCAUGGACGACCUCAAGAACUGCUACGAUUUGGGAGAUAAUCGGUUUGCCUGUUCACCUAGCUCAGUCCGCAAAUUGGGAUUCGAUAAGAAUUGCGUAGUGGAAGCAAUCUACGGAAAUAUCGAGCCGUGCAACUAG